AUGACAACUACUAUGAUGAUUGAUUCAAAUCUUUCAACAAGUAUAAAUUUAACAAAAGAGGAAUGGCAAGCAAUUGAUGAAUUAAUUAUAAUUUUAGAAGAUUUUGCUAAAGCAACUGAAUACUUGAGUGGAAGUAAAUAUAUCACUAUUAGUUUGAUGUAUAGUAUAUUAGAAAUAAUUAGUCAAAAAUUAUUACCUGAAAUUGUAGAUUUAAGUAAUUCAAAUAUAGCUUUUGAUGAUAAUAUAAGUUAUAAUGAUGUAUCAGAAGAUGAUAAUGAACUUAUUACUGGCAGAAAAAUUACUUAUCAAAAUAUAAAAAAUUUAACUAAUGAUAAUCAAGAAAUUGAAUAUAGUUUAGUUAAAUCUAAUUCAUUUUUAGCAAGAAUGUUUCAAAACAACAAUAAUAUUGAAGAA